GCACCCUCCAGUUCGUCUCCCCAGCGCUGUCUCUAAAAUCCACUCGUCCACCACCUCCUCGGCGCUUCGCAUCCUUCCCCCCUCCGCAAGAAAGAAGCGAAGCAACUCUCCGCCGUCUCCGUUUCUCCACACCACCCAAAGCUCUCUCCGACCACAACCUCGCCCCCAGCGCCUCCUUCCGCAGUCAUGUACCGCGCGGCCGCUAGCCUCGCCUCCAAGGCGCGGCAAGCCGGGAACAGCCUCGCCACCCGCCAGGUUGGAAGCAGGCUUGCCUGGAGCAGGAACUAUGCUGCGAAGGACAUCAAGUUUGGUGUUGAGGCCCGUGCUCUGAUGUUGAGGGGUGUUGAGGAGUUGGCAGAUGCUGUCAAAGUGACAAUGGGACCUAAGGGGCGCAAUGUGGUUAUUGAGCAAAGCUUUGGUGCACCGAAAGUCACAAAGGAUGGUGUGACUGUAGCAAAGAGCAUUGAAUUUAAGGAUAGAGUAAAGAAUGUUGGUGCAAGCCUUGUGAAACAGGUUGCUAAUGCAACUAAUGACACUGCUGGCGAUGGUACCACAUGUGCCACUGUUUUGACAAAAGCAAUAUUUACUGAGGGGUGCAAAUCUGUUGCGGCUGGAAUGAAUGCAAUGGAUUUAAGGCGCGGAAUCUCAAUGGCUGUUGACGCUGUUGUGACCAAUCUGAAAGGCAUGGCCAGAAUGAUCAGCACUUCAGAAGAAAUUGCACAGGUGGGUACAAUAUCAGCAAAUGGGGAAAGGGAAAUUGGUGAGCUUAUUGCCAAGGCUAUGGAGAAGGUUGGCAAAGAGGGUGUCAUCACUAUUGCGGACGGUAACACCCUUUAUAAUGAGCUUGAAGUUGUGGAGGGUAUGAAACUAGACAGAGGUUACAUCUCUCCGUACUUCAUUACCAACUCAAAAACCCAGAAAUGUGAAUUGGAAGACCCAUUGAUCUUAAUUCAUGACAAGAAGGUUACGAACAUGCAUGCUGUGGUUAAGGUUUUAGAAAUGGCUCUGAAGAAACAAAAGCCUCUACUGAUUGUUGCAGAAGAUGUGGAAAGUGAAGCAUUGGGCACUUUGAUUAUUAACAAGCUUCGUGCAGGCAUCAAGGUCUGUGCUGUCAAAGCUCCUGGUUUUGGGGAAAACAGGAAGGCAAACUUACAGGACCUUGCAAUCCUUACUGGAGGAGAGGUAAUAACUGAAGAACUAGGAAUGAACCUUGAGAAUUUUGAGCCUCACAUGCUGGGUACAUGCAAAAAGGUGACUGUCUCUAAGGAUGACACUGUUAUUCUUGAUGGAGCCGGAGACAAGAAGUCCAUUGAAGAGAGGGCAGAGCAGAUUAGAUCAGCAAUUGAGAAUAGCACUUCAGAUUAUGAUAAGGAAAAGCUCCAGGAGCGGUUGGCAAAACUCUCUGGAGGUGUUGCUGUUCUGAAGAUUGGGGGAGCUAGCGAAGCAGAAGUUGGUGAGAAGAAGGAUAGAGUGACAGAUGCACUGAAUGCUACUAAAGCUGCUGUUGAAGAGGGUAUUGUACCAGGUGGUGGUGUUGCUCUUCUCUAUGCAUCGAAGGAGCUUGAUAAAUUGCAGACAGCGAACUUCGAUCAGAAGAUUGGUGUGCAAAUCAUUCAGAAUGCUUUGAAGACACCUGUACACACAAUUGCCUCCAAUGCUGGGGUGGAGGGAGCAGUAGUUGUAGGAAAGCUUUUGGAGCAAGAAAAUACUGACCUGGGUUAUGAUGCUGCUAAAGGUGAAUAUGUUGACAUGGUGAAGACCGGUAUCAUUGACCCGCUAAAGGUUAUCAGAACUGCUUUGGUGGAUGCUGCUAGUGUGUCGUCCCUGAUGACAACCACGGAAUCCAUAAUUGUAGAGAUUCCCAAGGAAGAGGCACCGGCUCCAGCAAUGGGUGGCGGCAUGGGUGGCAUGGAUUACUAAUGCAUCACACCCACAUACACAUCAAUGCAGGUUUUUUUUUAGCGGUGAAGUUCAUCUUCACUGUUUAGCGGUGCAAGUUCAUCUCUACUGUAUUUUGUUCGAUGAUGAGGUGGUUGUCAGGCGGAUACAGUUUUGAGUCUGCGGACGUAGGACCUCACAAUAGUUCCAAACGGAAUAGUGUGAGAAUAAUAAAUAUGAACAGUAGUUCUUUGAGAUAUGAAGUUGUAGACCAAGAUUGGCUUCCGGGCAUUUUGUGUGGAACCAACUGUAUUCUGAUCGUUACAUUUUUUGGCUGGGGUAAAAUCGGAUUGCCGUUCUGUUU